AUGGAGGUUCUACCCUGCCUUAUGGAUGAGAACUCUGCCUUAGGGAGGGAAGAAGAGCUGAAUAUUGUUUUUCAAUUUAAAGAUCGACAUAAGAAGAACAAGAAGAAUCAAAACCCAAUAAUUUUUACCUCGAAAGGAAUUAAUGGAGGCAUGGAACCACCUAAGGAACCACCUGCUGUCAAUUUUGCAUUUGUCAAUUCUGUGUUGCUUCCUAAUGGAACACCAGAUGUGCACUUUCGAGUAGCUUGUGGUGGGCAGAAACUUAGGGACAUUAUGUUGGAUUCUAAUAUUGAAUUGUAUGGACCAUAUUCCAGACCUCUGCUAAAUUGUGGGGGAGGAGGAACUUGUGGGACAUGCAUUGUAGAGGCCGUUGAAGGGAAGGAGCUACUAAACCCUCGAACAGACAAAGAGAAGGAAAAACUUAAAAGGAAUCCAAAAAAUUGGAGGCUUGCUUGUCAGACUACGGUUGGAAAACCAGAUUCGAGAGGCUUGGUUGUAAUCCAACAACUGCCUGAAUGGAAAGGGCAUGAAUGGAAUUAUAAUAAAGAACCUCCUUCAGAAUCAGAACCCUGAGAUUCACUCAUUCAUUCAUUUAAUUAAUGUACUUUCUUUUGUUUU